GGCUCGUGCUCAUUAAUGGCUGUCAGCAAGGAAGGAAAACCAGGAAUUUUGUCCAGUUAUUUGUUCUUUUAUUUUUAUUUUACUGGCGCAUAAGCCGCCGAGCUGCUUUUCUCCCGGUGCGGUCCGAACACUGAAGAAAACACCUGCCGGGAAACAGUCGCACACCUUCGGCAUGGAUGCGCUGAAAUCCGCCGGCAGAGCGAUUAUCAAGAGCCCCGGAGUUCCGAGGCACACCUGGGGAACUUCCAAACACAAGAAGCUGCCUGAGAACUGGACAGACACCAAGGAGACUCUUCUGGAAGGAAUGAUGUUCAAUGUGAAGUACCUUGGAAUGACUCUGGUGGGUCAGCCCAAAGGAGAGGACAUGGCCUCAGCUGCUAUUCACAGGAUUGUUACCACGGCCAGAGCUGGUGCUAAGAAGUUCAGGAAAGUCACUUUGACCAUUUCACCAAAAGGCAUCGUCCUCACAGACACGGAGACUGCAGACCUCAUCGAGAAUGUUUCUAUAUACAGAAUCUCCUACUGCACAGCCGAUAAAACUCAGGAUAAGGUCUUCGCCUACGUUUCUCAGAGUCAGUUCAACGAGACCCUGGAGUGCCACGCGUUCCUCUGCCAAAAGAAGAAAAUCGCUCAGGCUGUGACGCUAACAGUAGCUCAGGCGUUUAAAGUUGCCCUGGAUCUGUGGGAGCUUGCUCAGGAAGACAAAAGUAAGAAGGUGAGAACCUGCUGUUCCUGUGCAGCGACUGACAGGCAGAUGGAAACCACAGACUCCCCGAAUGUUCCAGCAGAUCCAGCAGUAAACGAGCCCAGUGGGACAGAGGAGAUGCGGCGGAGACCCUUUUUCUCCACGUCCAUCAGCUCGCCUUCACCCCGCAGUAAUCCCACUCGGAGGCGACCAAUUAAACACGACUCAUGGGAUGCUGAGGACGGACUUGACGAUGCAUUCUCAAGCAAUAUGAAAGUAGAGGAGGUGGACACUGACUGGCUGAGUCCGGCACCGAAUGAAACUCUGACAAUGCAGCUCUGAGUCCACAGACGGUUUCUCAUGUGGAUCUGAUGUUUGUCUGCAACAAUGAGCUAGAAUAACCCGAACCAGCAACGCACUGCCACAUAAUCCUGAAACAAAACACGUCACAGUCCUCAACAAAAUGUCACAGCAUUGCCUCAAAUAUAUCCAACUCCCUGAAGCACAAAAUUCUGUGAACCCCCUCCCCC